UUAUAACACCAUGAUCACGUGGAAAUGGGAUAAUCUGAAUCUGCAAACAAGAUUUGACAACACCCAGAAAUGGCUGUCACGAAUUUGGACAAUGAAGGAACAUCUGAGAUUGUGUUCUUCGACUUGGAAACAACAGUACCCAAAAUCCCUGGACAGAGGUUUUGGGUAUUGGAGUUUGGUGCAAUCGUAGUUUGCCCGCAGAAGCUGUCGGAGCUAGAGAGCUUUUGUACGCUGAUCAGGCCGGGGGACUUGUCGGCCGUUGCAUUGAGGUCCAGUCGAUGUGAUGGGAUUACUCGCGAAGCUGUUGCAAAUGCGCCGAUGUUUGAAGAAGUUGCAGACAAGGUGUUCGACAUUAUGGAUGGGAGAAUAUGGGCAGGUCAUAACAUUCAGAGAUUUGAUUGCGUUCGUAUUAAAGAGGCGUUUGCGGAGAUUGGUCGACCUGCGCCGGUGCCUGUUGGGUUGAUUGAUUCGUUAGGAGUCUUGACGCAGAAAUUUGGCAGAAGAGCUGGCAACAUGAAGAUGGCAACAUUGGCUGCUUACUUUGGGAUUGGGAAGCAAAAGCACAGGAGUCUGGAGGAUGUUCGCAUGAAUUUGGAAGUGCUCAAGCAUUGUGCAACAGUGCUAUUUCUGGAAUCAACCCUCCCAAGUUUGUUAAUUAAAGGGAAGUUUCACAACUCUCCCAGUGUUACAACGAGAAGCAGAAGUGCAUUGAAUUCAAACCCCCCAAGUGGGUUACAUGGAAAUUGGCAUAAUUCUCCAACAAUUGCAAGAAGGAGGAGGUAUUAUGGCAAGGUGCCAUGUGUAGAAGAAACUAGCCGGAAAUCUCCUCCGACAACUUCACUUGCUUAUCAGCGAGCUGUUCCUUAUGCAAGGGGAACUCUGGGAAAGAUGACAGAAAAUGUAGUGAAGAAUAUAUUGUGUAAAGCCCAAAACAGGCCUCUCAAUAAUUUAUUAAAGCAUUCUCAGUUGCUGCUCCGAUGAGUAAGACGAGACAGUCUUUCCAUGUCGAAUCUGCAUGAAAAUCGAUGACACUCAACACAAACAUGGAGGAAAACAAGAAGCCUAUUGAUGAAGGUGCAUAGGUGUCUGUCAAUUGAAUUGGAGACUUCUCAAGACUCAAGUUUCGUGCGAUACAGAAGAAGUAACAUGAUUGAAAGGCUUAUUGCCAUUGUUUCGUUGAAGCUUCCUCGCCAGCAGAAUGAACAUUGGAAAUACAAAUGCGCCAGCUUUCAACUCCUAGAAGAAGGCGGCACUGUAGCAACAAAAAAUAAUUUGACCAUUCUUUGAUUUAUUGAUUGAUUUAUUCUUUCACUAUGGCAUUUCUCUCGAUGGCCUAAGGUG